AAUAUAUAAAACAAGGGUUCAACAAUUUCUUGGGUGUGUUGAGGGUUCCGUUUGUUGCGUUUUCAAUCUUUUCCCCUUACGCCACAUUCUUCUUCUGCUUACGAGCAGGAACAUGGAUGCUCCGGACAAGAAGAAGGCAUUGUCUCGUGUUAGCUUUAGUUUUAAGAAGAAAGGGAAGUACCCUGUAUUCCCCCUAGUGAGGUAUAAUGAACUUCGGCAGCCUGUUUGCCAGGUAUGUGGUGUGGUUAUGUUGGAGCCUAUACGUUCACACCUGGCUUCUCCUGAGCAUCACGAGGAAAUGAAAAAACGGAAUACUAAUACUACUGCAUCGGCUGACCAUAACAAUGCAAAGCCACUUACUGGUACCAACUCUCCCAAGGCUAAUAGAGAACAACCUCAAGAUACAGAACACCAACUGCCAGAAUGUUCACAAAAUGUGCUUCAACAUCAGUCACUGUCGACGCUUCCAAGAGAUUUUUGUGAUGACAGUGGUAAAAUAAGGACAAGAUCUGUUUCAAAAGUAACCGAAAUGAUGGACCCUCCUAAAGAUCAAGAAUACGGGGAAUCCAACAACGGCUGUGUAAAGGUGAAAUCCAAGAUUUCACAUUCCAUCCAUGAAUCAUUUACAUCUUCAAGACGUGGAAGACCACGAAAAACGAAGCCUACCAAGUUCAUAAUCAACCAGACUCCCAAUCCCCCAUCAACACCCCGGAGAUCCAAAAGAAUAAAGCAUGUGGCAGAUAGAAGUGCUGACAAUGUGCCUGAAGCAUCGUCAUCUGAGGAAUUAUUGAAGGACAAACUAAUUGCAUUACUGAAGAGGCGUACUGCAGAGAGUUCCCUAGUCAAUGGCAAAGAGAGUUUCCAAGUAGAUGGCAAAGAGAGUUCCCCAGUAGAUGACAAAGAAGCCUCUUCGGAUAUCGACCCCUUAGUAAUCUACAAAAGAAAAAGACUACCUCGGAAGCGGUAUUAUGGUCAAACGAGCAAGACUACAAAGAAAACUGCUCCCAGAAAGGUUCCAACUGCUGCAAUUACUAGCUCUACUACUGGUUUACCCCCUCAUCAUGAUCCUCCUGCAGCUGCUCCAGUCAAUGUUGAUACUCCUCACGUUGAAAAUACAAAUACUGCUGAGCCAAUAUUCAGUGAAAGACUUGUCGAAGAGGUGGAGAAGGUUAACCCUGCCCCAGCCAAUGCACAAGAGCAGGUUGCUUCCAGCAAGGCUGAAGAUUCUCCAGAUCAAGUGGACCCAAAGGCUGAUGAAGUCUCUUCUGGAAACACCCCACUCGAUGUAGAAGCCAUAGACAAAAUGAUCGAAGAUGACCCUUUGAGUGCCAUUGAAAAUAUCCUGACGGGGAAGGUUUCCAUUUUUUCCAAAACUCCACAAUCUGCUACUCUGUCAGAACCAUCAGAAGCUCAAAGCUCCCCUACAGAUAUUCUGUCAAAAGAGCUAAAAGACUUGAUGCAGACGUUCAGCUUAGGUGAUUUUGUUACAGACUAUGAACAAUUAUCAAAAGUCCUACUUAUUCUUGAAGAGUUGCAGAAGAAUGAGAAUUUACUUUCUCUUGCCCAGCAAACAUUCAUGAGGACAUUCAGACUCUUCUUCAACAGUGCUGUUGCUCACCACAAAGAAUCUUGUACAGUUGGAAUAAAGAAAGUCAAGUUGAACCGAGCUAAAGAAGAUAUACUUCACAAACUGCAAGAAACUAAACAUGCACAAGAGCAAAUCACAACGUCCAUUUCAAUUGCCAACAUCAGGGUCAAUGAAAUAUCUUCUUCUAUUGAACAACUUGAAGAACAAUUAUCUAAACUGAAGGAAGAGAGAGAGACCUUUCAGUUGGCUAUAAAUGAAGGCGAGAAACAAAGGGAGACAUUGAAGAAUGAUAGCAUCUUAUGGGCUCACCAUACUAAAGACCUGGUUUUUGAUCUUGCAGGCAUUGAGGCAAAAGAAAAAGCCCUUCGACAGCAACUUGAAGCAGACAAAGAUGCAUAUAACCAAUUUAAGGCAUCCUUUCCUUUUUAAUUUACAUCUGAACUAGUUGUAGUAAUAAUUAAUUACAAUGUUAUGUUUAAUUCUGUAUUAGACCUGGUUAAGUGCAGAACUGUAGAAUUAUAACUUGGUUACAAAAUCAGUGGACGAAAAUUUAACGAUUUCAAAAUGUAAUGUCAUGUUAAUAUUGUAUUA